AUGACUACAGAAAAGCUGGCCUCUCUUGUGUUUGAACACACUUCACCAUCCUCGAACCUGCUAAACGAAAAGACAAACGUUGAAAAGUCAACAGUCAGCAUCUGUGAGAUCAUUUCAGAGCCGGAAAAUAAGAAUAAAACCAGUAACCCAUUUCUUGAUCCAAAUACCGCUGAGUAUUACAGAGAAUUAUAUAAUACCACCAAGUACGAAUGUCGUUCCCAUUUCGAUCCUGCAUUUGAAUGGACCGCAAAGGAGGAAAAGAAGGUGGUUCGUAAAUUGAAUUUCAGAGUUGCAUUUGCUGCUUGUCUCAUGUUUGUUGCUUUACAAAUUGACAGAGUCAAUUUACAUCAAGCGGUGACUGAUAAUUUCUUGGGUGAUUUAGGGUUGACUACAAACGACUACAAUGUAGGAAACACCAUUUUCCACUUGUGCUUCUUGUUUGCUGAAAUCCCGUCACAAAUGAUUUCAAAGAGACUCGGACCAGAUGUGUUUAUCCCUUUUCAAAUUUGUGCUUGGAGUAUUGUUGCCAUGUGUCAAGUGGCAUUGAAAGGAAAAGCAGGGUUUUAUAUCACACGUGGUUUGAUUGGAGCUAUUGAAGGUGGGUUCAUCCCUGAUCUUGUGUUGUGGUUGAGCUACUUUUUCACAAGUAAAGAAUUACCAAUUAGAUUGUCAUGGUUUUGGUCAACGCUUAUUGCCACUCAGGUUGCCGUGGCUCUUCUUGCAUUUGGUAUCUUGCGGUUAAGAGGAGUGUUUGGAUGGCCAGGAUGGGCCCAUCUUUUCCUCUGGGAAGGGCUAUUCACAUUGUUGGUCGGUAUCGCCUCGUUCUACAUGAUGGUUCCAUCGGCUGUGCAAACUAGAAAUUGGAUGCAUUCAAAAGGUUGGUUUACCGAACGUGAGGAAAAGAUUGUUGUUAAUCGUAUCUUGCGUGACGACCCUACAAAGGGGACAAUGCACAACCGGCAAGCUCUUUCGUUGAAAAUGUUGUGGGAAUGUUUGAUUGAUUAUGAUAUGUGGCCAUUAUAUGCAAUUGGAUUAAUGGCAUACAUUGGUCAGCUUACUUUUGGAUCGUAUUUCACAUUGAUGACAAGGGCACUCGGAUUCAAUACUUUUGAUACCAACUUGUUAUCGAUUCCGGGAUAUUUCUUAUUCAUCUGCAAUCUUCUUGGAAUAACAUGGCUUUCGGAAAAGUUAAAUGAUAGAGCUUAUGUGUCAAUGAUCCCACCAAUAUAUGGACUCAUUUUACUUGGUGUGAUCAGAUUCUGGCCAGGAGCUGGAAUCAAAGUUUGGCCGAGCUACAUCUUAAAUACGAUAUACUUUGGACAUCCAUACAUCCAUGCAAUUCUUGUGUCGUGGGUAUCAAGAAACUCAAAUUCAGUUAGAACCAGAUCUAUUUGCUCAGCAAUGUACAAUAUGUUUGUCCAAUUGGAUUCGAUGACCGCUCAGAAUAUAUUUCGUGAAGAUGACAGACCUUUGUACAAGAGAGGUUUAUUACAAUUGUGGUGUAUUACGUGGGCAGUAGUUCCGUUGUUGUUAAUGACUAAAUUUUAUUACAUUUGGAGAAACAAGACCAAAGAAAGGAAAUGGAGCGCAAUGACGGAGGAGCAGAAGGCAGAUUACAGAAGAAACACCACUGAUGAUGGUAACAAGAGGUUGGAUUUCAGGUUUGCUCAUUGA